GUUUUGUUCCAAUUAUGUGGAAUUAGUUUCUUUUCCAACAGUUUCUGUCCACCUUCCAUGGCAGCUUUUGGACCUCCACAAGGAGACAGGAAAGAGUUGAAACGCAGCUCUAAACCCUACUUCUUGUGUGCUCUGUGACAGAGCAUUCCGCCAUUGUCGUUUUCUCUCUUCUUUUCAUCGUCGUUACGCAUUCUUCGUUGAUUUUUCGUUUUUCUUGCGUUUUCUCUGUGAACAAUCAUGAACGGGCAGGAAAUUAGGGCUAGAGGGGAGAGAUUCAGGAAUGGAGGUGACGGCCAGUCUUUCUCUUCCAGUUUGCUCGAUGAAAUCUACCGUUCGAUUGACGAUGGAGGCGAUAAGAGAAGUGGAGAAUUGAAGUUUUACAGACACAAAGUGAUGAAGAAACAAGGUAAAAUGAUCGGGAAAGCGCAGAGUGAUAUUGAAGACGAGGAGAUCGCGAGCCUCCACCGAGCUUUGCUGAUCGAGAGAUGGAUCGAGAAGAAGGUUGCUGAAAAGGUUAGUACACAGAGGAGACGAUCUCUGACGGAGGCUGAGAGAAAAUUUCAGCUGUAUCAGCAUGAUCGGGAAGAAGACGUUCUGUUCUUCAGCUCAACUUCGAGUUCUUCGGAUUCGAGUUUUGGCGGAUUCUCUUCCUCGGAUACCGAAUCAAUGUAUGGCUCGAAAUCCUUGACGCCGUCUUGUUUCGCAAAGUUCAGGCCGAAGCCGGUUAGGACCAGCAUAUCGGCUCCAGCGCCGGAGAAAUCAGAGCCAAAACAGAGACAGAACAGAGAAAAGCCACAGUCCAAACAGAGCAAUCAAUUCGUCAUAAACAAAGAAUCGCGAGAUUUCGAUGAGAAGUCGAAAUCUAGGGCGCUGAAGAUUUACAGUAAUUUAAAGAAGGUGAAGCAACCGAUUUCGCCAGGGGGACGCCUCUCAAGUUUCAUCAAUUCAAUCUUCACCGCCGGAACUCCGAAGAAAACAGGCAACUCCAUGACAUCAACAACCUCUGAAGAUCCAAACACAGAGAGAAAAUCAAAAUCUGGCCAAACUUCGACUUGCUCUUCGGCUACAUCGUUUUCAAGAUCAUGUUUAAACAAAAAUUCGCCGUGUUCAAGAGAAAAAUUGCGCAACAGCGACAGAAGAACGGUCCGAUUCUACCCGGUGAGUACAAUCGUAGACGAAUACUGCAGGCCCUGCGGACACAAAUCCUUGUACGAAGAAGAGCUUAAAUUCCAAGUCAAGGAAAAGGUCCAAACCACAGAAGCAACAGCAGCAGCCAGAAAAAUUUUGACAGAUUAUCAACAAAACAGGAAGAAGAACGAUUUCCUCAUUAGAAAUUUUCACCAUCCGGACAACGAUCUCUACGAAGAAGAAGAAGAAGAAGAAGAAGACGACAGAGCAAGUUGUUCAAGUUCAGAUCUCUUCGAGCUCGAUCACCUGGCGGUAAUGGGCGGCGAUCGGUACCACGAAGAGCUUCCGGUAUACGAAACUACCACUCGUGUCGAUACCAAUCGCGCCAUCCGCCAUUGCUAUUAGCUUUCUUACUUGUUAAUUCCAUUUCUAUUAGUAUCAAUUAAUUAAGCCAUAAAUUUUGUUA